AUGGUCUUGUUAAUAGUAUCAGUAAUAUUGAUAAAAAAAAAUACUGAUAAUAAUAUUAUUGAUAUUAUUGAUAAUAUCGGUAAUAUUGAUAAUAUCCAUAAUGCUAUUAUUGAUAAUACCAGAAAUAUUGAUAAUAUUGAUAAUAUCUCUGAAAAAUACAUGGCUAAUAUAUGUACAUUGCGAGAUAUUAACUCAAAAGGACAUCGUCUUGAAAGUACUAGGGAGGUGGAACUUGAAGAAGCUUUACGUGAUAGUUGUAAAUCCAAUUCUGAACUUAUUGAUGAUUUUAAAAACUAUCAGAAGAAUGAAUCAAAGGAAAUUAUAGCACUUCGGUCUAUGAAAAAAAUACUAGAAGGUAAGUUAGAAUCAGCUCAAAAGGAUGCAUUCUCAACUCAGAAAGAGAUA